AUGUCAACAUCUAUACCGGAAUCACGUCAGUCCUCCAUCAUGGUUGCAGUACGGGUGAGGCCAUUUACUAAAGAAGAAUCAAUCCAUCUCAUUGAUAACAAUACUACCACUAAUAAUAAUAAUAAUAAUAAUAAUAAUAAUAAUAUUCUACCUACAAAUAAUAAUAAUAUAUACAGUAAUCAACCUGGUUCAGCCUCAUCUUCAUCAUCUAUUACUGAAAAUAUAGGUGACUCUACUUUAUCAUUGCCUGCAUCAUUAUUAUCCACCAAUAAGAAACUUAAACAAUCGUCUCAAACAACUACUACCAGUACGAACAGUAGUAGCACUACCAGGAGAAAAUCAAAUACAACAGCAUACCAAAAUUAUAACAAUACACCACAUGGUUUAAGGAAAAUAAUAGAAUGCGUAGAUGAUAAAAUGUUAAUAUUUGACCCCAUUGAUUCAAAUCCAUUAUAUAAAAUAAGUGAAAAUGUUUUAAAUUCCAUGUAUUCACAAAGAAGAAAUAAUCGUCAUCGUCGUUCAACACUCAACAAUCCUCCUCACUCUAAUGCUAAGAAAAAUGAAAUGAAAUUCGUAUUUGAUAAAAUAUUCGAUGAAAAUUCUUCACAAGAUGAAGUUUAUCUUGGUACUACUAGUUCCCUAUUAGAUUCAGUAUUAGAUGGAUUCAAUGGAACUGUAUUUGCAUAUGGCGCCACAGGUUGUGGUAAGACAUAUACAGUAAGUGGUACACAAGAAAACCCUGGUAUAAUUUUCCGAGUUAUGCAAGAAUUAUUUGAAAGAAUGGAAGAUUUGAAAGAUGAAAAGACAUUCCAAUUAUCAAUUUCAUAUUUAGAAAUUUAUAAUGAAAUGAUUUAUGAUCUUUUGAAACCAGAUACACCAUCAAAGAAAUUGAUCAUUAGAGAAGAUAAAGAUUCUAAAAUUAGUGUAUCAAAUUUAUCUUAUCAUUAUCCUAAAUCUGUUCAAGACGUUAUUGAUCUAGUCAUUAGAGGAAACAUUAAUAGAUCAACAUCAUCCACUGAGGCAAAUGAAGUUUCAUCAAGAUCUCAUGCAGUUUUACAAAUUCAUAUCAUGCAAACUAAUACAAAGAUAGAUUUAACAUCAGAACAUACUUUUGCCACAUUAUCAAUCAUUGAUUUAGCUGGUAGUGAAAGAGCUGCAGCUACCAAAAAUCGUGGGGAAAGACUUUAUGAAGGUGCAAACAUCAAUAAAUCAUUAUUAGCCCUGGGGAAUUGUAUCAAUGCAUUAUGCAUUCCAACGAACAAUACACGAAGAAGAAAUAUAAGGUAUCAUAUCCCAUAUAGAGAUUCUAAAUUGACAAGAUUAUUGAAAUUUUCACUUGGUGGUAAUUGUAAAACUGUCAUGAUUGUUUGUAUAUCACCUAGUAGUUCACAUUAUGAUGAAACAUUGAAUACAUUGAAAUAUGCUAAUCGUGCUAAAGAGAUUAAGACGAAAAUUAUUAGAAAUCAACAAUCAUUAAAUCGUCAUGUUGGAUCAUAUUUAAAGAUGAUUACUGAACAAAAAAGAGAGAUUGAGAAUUUACGUACUAGAGAAGCUCAAAUGAUUGAAUUGAAUUUGAAUCGAUAUAAAUUAAGUCGUAAAAAGAUUCAAAUUUCAAUGGAUGAUGUUAUUAAUAAUUUAAAUAGAAAUAUUUUGGAAAAUGAGAAAUAUAAACAAGUGAAAAAUUUGAAAUCUUUAAUUCUUUGUAAGAGAAGAUUUUUACAAAUGGUUUCUUUGGAAUUGAAUAAUUGUUUGAAUGUGAUUUCUGAAGAUGGUGGUGAUACUAUUAAUUUGAAUUGUUAUAAUAAUUGUUCAACAUUAAUAAAACAAAUUGGGAAUAAAGUUCAAGAAUUAGAAUUGAAAUUUGAUACUAAAGAUGAAUUAGAUAUGAUAAUUGAUCAUUGUAAAUCCAUGGAUUUGAAUAGAUUGAAAGAAAUGGAAAAUUGGGAUGAUAGUCGUGAUUUAAUUAAUUUCGAAACAAGAUUAGAAUAUAUUUCUGAAUCAAUUAAGAAUGAAAUUUUAAUAAGUGCAUCCAUGAUGAUAGAAAAAUUGUUCCAAAAUGAUACCCUUAUGAGAAGAUGUAAAUUUGUUUCUGGUUGUUUAACAACUGAACAACCGGAAAGAAGUAUGGAGAUUGAAAUUAAUGAUUUGGUUAAAAUAGAUGAAGAUUUUGAAGAAUUUAGUAGAUUGUUACUCAACGACAUUGAAGAUGGCACAGCAAAUAUUCAUCUUUCACAAAAUCCCUUGUAUUCUAAUGAAAACAAAGAAAAAAACAUGGAAACACAUUACGACCUUGAGUAUUCAAAUGGAACAAAUGAAACUGAUAAUAAGGGUCCAAUGCUUUUGAAAAAAGUGAGAUGGUUAGCAGAUGUUGCUGAUGAUGGAGAUAUGAGUAUAAUAACAGAUGCACAGGAAAGGCAACAGCAACAACAGGGAAUUACAAGAGAAGAGAAUGUCUUACCUGAUACAGACUCAAUGGAUAUUGAUGUUAGUGGCAUUCAAGAUAAUAGCAUAAAUAAAGGUACCCCUUCCAAUGAACCUUUUCGGGGCCGUCAGCCAUCGAGGCCAUCAUUACUUCGACACCGUCUGACAAACGUCGAGGAAGUAUAA